GUUGUAUCCAGAAACAGAUAGACUUGAAUUUUAAUGCGACGACGAUGGCAGAAUAUAAUCGGCAUUUCGAGAAAGCAUUGGACUUUAUUAAUAUCUAUCAGGAAUUAAUAGAUUGUCAUCUAGUUGAUUUUAUUACCGAAGGAUUAUGGGAGAAGUGCUUACCAGAGAAACUUAGAUUGGAACUGGAAGAUAUCGAUACGAGCGAUGAUAUCUGGGCAGAAAGCAAUACGGAUUCGGAACUCGGGAAUUUUAUACAGUUAACGAGAUCACUCUCUUUAGAAUCAUGUCCAGCUGUUAUGUGCGUGGAUGAUUUACCAAAGCUUUUACCACAGUCUUCCAAAGAAUGUUUGAUUGAAAGCAAACUUGUUUGCCCAAAGUCUGAGCUUAUGAACACAAAGAAGUCACAUGAGAUUGAAAUACUUGGAAAAAUUAUUGCUGAAAUAGCACUUUUUACUCACAGCUUAGUAAUAGAUGCUGGAGCUGGGAAAGCGUAUUUGUCGACAUAUUUAUCAGAACACUUUAAUAUUCCCGUAUUAGCAAUUGAUUCGUCGCAGGUUUGUCACAAGGGUGCAAUAAGUCGUCAGGAAAAGAUUCAGAGAAGAAAACAACCGCUAACAAAGGUUCGAUAUAUAGUUGAAAAAUUAGACGAUACAACUAAUUAUAAAAAAGUAGUGAAUACAUAUUAUCCUGAUUGGAGCGUAAACAGAAAUCUCAUUUUAACAGGAUUACAUACUUGUGGGAUGCUUGUGCAUUCUGUAAUCAAAGCUUUCUUAUGUGCGAAGGACAUUAAUUUGCUUCUUGUAGUCCCAUGUUGUUAUCAUUUAGCGGAUGAAACAUUGAGUGGACGUUGGAGCUUCACUAAAAAUGCGAGAAUGUUGGCUCAACAAUCUAUCGAAAGGAGUAGACAUAACAAGCAACUUUCUCCUUCGUUAUUUUACAGAGCUGUAUUGCAAGUUAUUCUACAUUCAAUGGGAUAUUACAACGCUAAAAUAGGUCGUGGUGGACCAUUAAAUAAUUUCGUUGAUUACGCAAAGUGUGCGUUAUCCAAAAUUGGAAUGGAUAAAAAACAGAUACCACCCGCUUAUGUGUUGCAACAAAUAUAUCAGAAUUACAUACAAUUUGAACCACGGUUUCGUCUCUUUCAAAUGUUAAGAAUAUAUAUGAGUUCGGUGGUGGAAGCGGCAAUUAUGUUGGAUAGAGUAAUAUUUUUACAAAAUAAUAUCCAGUGUUCCAAAGUUGCUGUAAUACACUUGUUUGAUCCAACACUGUCGCCCAGAUGUUAUGGAAUAAUUGCAACGAAAUAAGUACAAUAUUAAUAAAUAUGAAGAUAAUAUUAAAGAUGUUACAGAAAAGGAUUUAAUUCAAUUAUAAAACGUUAUGCCAAUUUAUUCACAGAAGUGUACGAGAGCAAGAGUUCGUGAGUAACUCUAAGGAAAUACAAACAGAAACUGCGAUUGCACUGUUUACACCUGCUCACGAUUUUUCUACUUCGUUCUGUAAUACUUUACUGUAAUAUAGCUAAAUUCUAGAAAACGCACGUAAUUUUAAUACAUUCGACAAAGAUUUACAAGCCGUAUUGACUGAAACCUUUAAAUGUCUAGUAAAUUGUUUUAUUUCGAACAGAGAUGUAUAUAAAAAAAAGGAAUUAAUAUUAAAUAUGUAUAAAGUACAUAACAUUUUUAUUUAUUAAAAAUCAAUAUCAUGUAAUAAAUAUCCAUCGAAUAAUUGUAACUUUGAAAUUUUUCCAGAAGAUAAUUACAAAUGUAUGCAAAUAUCAAAAUUACAAAACAAGAAUUGUGAUAAGGGGCACAUUAUUAUGUUUUGACCAAUUUGCAUUUGUCAUUAAUUACUCUGACUUUCAUCAAGACUAAUCGAGUUUAAGAGCAUAAUGACUUUAAGAUCAUUCCAGUACAGUAACUAAAAUUACUUGUCGUUUUCUACAAGUUUUAAGUGGUUCUAUUUUUUGUGUGAACUUACUAUUUUAUGUAAAUGUAGUAAUAAUACAAAUUGUAGGUAAACCAUAUCAUUAAAACAAUCGAAAUUU